AUGGGAACGUUUCAGAGCUUCAGAAAAGCCUAUGGAGCUCUCAAGGAUUCUACCAAGGUUGGCCUUGCCAAAGUCAAUAGCGAAUACAAGGAGUUGGAUAUUGCAAUUGUAAAAGCUACCAAUCACGUCGAAUACCCUCCCAAGGAGCGUCAUGUUCGAAAAAUAUUUUAUGCAACAUCAGCACACCAGCCACGAGCAGAUGUAUCAUACUGCAUUCAUAAACUUUCUAAGAGACUUUCCAAAACACGAAGCUGGAUAGUUGCUAUAAAGGCAUUAAUAGUCAUUCAUAGGACUUUAAGAGAGGGUGAUCCUACCUUUAGAGAAGAGAUGCUUAACUACUCACGCAGGGGACAUAUUCUCCAAAUAUCCAAUUUCAAAGAUGAUUCAAGCCCUCAAGCAUGGGAUUGUUCUGCAUGGGUUCGAACCUAUGCACUAUUUUUGGAAGAAAGACUUGAAUGCUUUAGGGUGCUUAAAUAUGAUAUAGAAUCAGAACGUUUGACAAAAGCAUCACCAACUGCAACUAAAGCACACAGUAGAACUCGAUCACUGAAUAGUGAGGAGCUGUUGGGGCAGUUACCUGCUCUGCAACAACUCCUAUAUCGUCUUAUUGCUUGUCAGCCUGAAGGAUGUUCUUAUAGCAACUACCUAGUGCAGUAUGCAUUGGCUCUGGUUUUGAAAGAAAGUUUCAAAAUAUAUUGUGCACUCAAUGAUGGAAUCAUCAAUCUCGUGGAUAUGUUCUUUGAUAUGACAAGACAUGACGCAGUGAAGGCUCUAAACAUUUAUAAAAGAGCUGGUCAACAGGCUGAGAAUCUUGCUGACUUCUAUGAAUAUUGCAAGGGCUUGGAACUUGCAAGAAAUUUCCAGUUUCCAACACUGAGACAGCCACCUCCCUCUUUCCUUGCAACUAUGGAAGAAUACAUUAGAGAAGCACCUCAAACAGGAUAUGUUAACAGGAGAUUGGAAUAUCAAGAAAAUGAUGAAUCAUCUAAAGAAGAUUCAGAAUCCGAUGAAACUGAAGAGCCUGAAGAAAAUGAAGAACACUAUGAGGAAUUCAACGAGGAAGAUUCGGUAGCAGGAGAUGAAACACAAUCUAAGGAGGAGGUGGAGGUGGAAGUUGAGCCUCCUCCUUUGAUAUCAACCGAUGAUGGUGCAAAUGAUUUGUUGGGGCUUAAUGAAAUAAAUCUAAAAGCUAUGGAACUGGAGGAAAACAAUGCUAUGGCUCUUGCAAUUGUACCACCUGGUGGAAGUAACCCAAACAAUCUUACAUUGAGUACCAUUGAUGGAACUACUGGUUGGGAACUUUCAUUAGUUACAGCACAAAGUAAACAUACUGGUCAAGCCACAGAUCGCAAAAUGGCCGGUGGUUUUGAUACGCUGUUAUUGGACAGUCUGUAUGAAGAUGAAAAUGCCAGAAGACAACUUCAACUCCAAAAUGCAGGUUAUGGACAUGGAGGAACCGCCAUGGAUGUACAGAACCCUUUUGAUCAUUAUAACCAACAAGAUCCUUUUGUAAUGUCCAACAACAUAGCACCUCCAACCAAUGUGCAAUUGGCACUCAUGGCUCAACAACAACAACAACAGAUGAUGUUCCAACAUCCACAAAUGUUGUACCAACAACAACCACAACAAAACAACAUGAUGAUGAUGAUUCCUCACCAGCAGCAACCACAAAACCAAUACUCUCAGCAUCCAGAUUCUCAUAAUCCAUUUGGAGAUCCUUUGCCAUUACCAAACUAUAAUCAGAAUUACAUGCCCCAACAAGGAAAUUACAAUUUAAUGUAG